CCCACAUGCAUCGCGAUGUCACUUCCUGCAGUUGGAACUGAAGCAAUCUUUGCAAAUUCUCUUGAGGAGGUUCAAAGGUUCUUCUACUUGAAGCACCCUGCCAAUCAUCUCAUCUUCAAUGUCUGCUCUGAAAGAUCUUAUGAUGCCAGGUUGUUUGGAAACAGAGUGGAAAGGAUUCCGACAGUGAAUCAUAAUCCUCCCCUCCUCUCGCAGAUUGUUUCCUUCCUGGAGCACACGGCAUCGUAUCUCGAAGAUGACUCAAAUCACGUGGUUGCGGUCCACUGCAGGAACGGAAAGGGGAGGACAGCUGUGAUGGUUUGUGCCUGGCUGGUUUACUGCAAAUUCUCUCCGAAUGUCAACGAUGCCAUGGAGUGGUUCGCAUGGAAACGACUUAGG